UUCAAAAAGGAGAAGAGACAGUGGUCAGAAUGAUGUUUGCAGUCCUAAUGAAGAAAUUAGCAGCUCUAAUCAGAAUGAAGCAGUCUGUCUUUCUACUCCACCAAAAAAUGAAAAAGAAUAUACUGCAAACACAAGAGCAUUGGGAGCCUGCCAGCGUGAGCACAGCUGAUCAUGGAGACUACACGCCCCAAACGCGCUCCAGCCGGGUCUGCACAGGAGGUGGUGGAUCUCAUCGCUGUGUGGGGAGAAGAGUCUGUGCAGGCAGAGCUCCUAUCCAGCAGAAGAAAUGCUGACAUCUAUGCAAAGAUCGCUCAUGGAAUGGGGGAGAAGGGCUACACGAGGGACACACAGCACUCCCGUGUAAAAAUAAAAAAACUUCGCCAAGCGUACCAGAAGGCAAGGGAGGUGAACAGUCAUUCUGAUGCUGAACCCCACAUAUGCGGGCUCUACAACGAGCUGCAUGCGAUUCUCAGGGGUGACCCUACCAGCAUCCUCACAAGUAAGUGGACACCUCACAGAUGUGAGUCUAGGGACAACAAGGAGGAUGAUUUGGUGGAUGAGGAAGAGGAGGAGGAGAAUGGGAAACAGGCAAGCGGUAGUUCCAUUCUCCCCGAGAACCAGGAAAGAUUUUUAACCCUGGAGCCCUGUGGGUCGUAGGACAUCACGGUGGCUGACCGUGAUGCCAGGAAAGGCACCUCUGGCCUGAUCAAAAGAAAUUGGGAGUAUUUCUGUCACCAUAGUAAAACAAUGAAGAUUCUUGAAGAUAAGCAAAUUGACCAAAACAAUGCAGAAGACAAAGGAAAGUUUGAUUUUACUGUGAUGUCCUACAAUAUCCUUUCACAGAAUUUGUUAGAAGAUAACUCCCACCUGUAUAAACACUGCAGACAGCCAGUGUUAAUGUGGGGUUAUAGAUUUCCCAACAUUCUACGGGAAAUCAAACAACUGGAUGCAGAUGUACUGUGUUUGCAAGAAGUACAAGAGGACCAUUUUGGAAUGGAAAUCAAGCCGAGUUUGGAAUAUUUGGGUUAUCAUUGUGAAUAUAAAAUGAGGACAGGAAGGAAACCUGAUGGCUGUGCUAUUUGCUUCAAAAUUUCCAAAUUUAAUCUCAUCUCUUCAAACCCAGUGGAAUUUUUCCGCCAUGAUAUUCCACUCUUGGACAGAGACAAUGUUGGACUAGUGUUGCUUCUGCAGCCCAGAUUUCACUGUAAAGCUACUGCUGCAGUCUGUAUAGCCAACACACAUCUGCUGUAUAAUCCAAGGCGAGGGGACAUUAAGCUGACCCAACUGGCAAUGUUACUGGCAGAGAUUGCCAGCGUUGCCCAUCAGAAAGAUGGUAGAUUCUGUCCUAUUAUCAUUUGUGGUGACUUCAACUCCGUUCCUGGUUCUCCACUGUACAGUUUUAUAAAGGAAGGAAAGCUGAAUUAUGAAGGACUACCUAUAGGAAAGGUGUCUGGUCAAGAACAGUUUCCUAGGGGACAAAGAAUCUUAACUAUUCCAAUUUGGCCCCCAAGUCUAGGCAUUUCACAGAGCUGUGUGUAUGAGGUACAACAACAGCGACAAGAAGAAAACACAGGUGGAGAGAAAAAAGAAGCGAAACUGGAGCACACAGAAGAGAUCAUAAUAGCAGCUGAAAAGUUUCCUUCGAAAUUACAACACCACUUUAGAUUAUCUUCGGUCUAUUCUCAUUACUUACCUGAAAGUGGGGUUCCAGAAGUAACAACUUGUCACUCCAGAAGUGCUGUCACUGUGGAUUACAUUUUCUAUUCUGCAGCAAAGGAUGAUAGUGCUGCUCAGCCAGGAGCCGAAGAUACUUUUGAUGGAAGUCUGAAGCUUCUUGGUAGAUUAUCACUUUUAACAGAGCAAGAUCUGUGGACAGUUAAUGGUCUUCCCAAUGAACAUAACUCUUCUGAUCACCUGUCCUUACUAGCUCAGUUCAGGCUUAUUGAAGAAUAAUUCCCAAAUUAUUUUUAUAUCUGCACUUUCCUUCACCGUCUCUUCUUCCUGUAAUUUUUUUUUAAUUCAAGGACUUCCAGACUGGUUAAAGUAAUGCCUGCAUGCUGAAUUUUUAGUGUUGUGUAAAGUAGAGUUUUUAAAUAGAUUUCUUUAUAAAGUUGCUCAAAUUACUUUGUGGAGUCAUUAAGACAAAAAGAAAUGAGUUUACAUUAGCUUCCUCUUUUUGAUAAUGGAAAAUGUCUGUGCUAUAAUCUGAAAAAAGGCAUUAUUUUUAAAAAAGAUGUUUUUAUUGUAAAUCAUAGUAAAAUGGGUGAUGGUUCUUAAGUACAGUGUAUUUCUCUCAAUCCUUCAAGCAAAAGAUUGUGUGUUUGUAGCAAGCUUCAUAAUGAGCUCAAAGUAGGUAUCUAUGUAGUUUCAAGUGUAUUCUAUUUCAAGUUGCUUUUGUUGCCCUCCCCAACUAUCUAAAUAUUGGGCACAAUCUUGGAGUCCCUCAGCAGGAAUUUAGCUAGUGCCAGGGCAGCCGGAUUGGGCCUAUUCUUGCAGUAUUGUAAUUAGUUAUGCUCUAAAAAAUGAUUGUGUAAUGGUUAAUCUUACAAGAGUAUAACAUGUUUUGCUGAUUUGCAGAUUCUUUAAAAAGAAUCUGAAAUGAAACCAAGUAGGCAACUUGUGGUACCUGAACACAGAGCAGUAAAGCACAGGUAGCUCUGAAGGAGCUUUCAUGUUUAAACACAUUUUGUUUGUUUUAAACAGACUUAUCUGGGAGUCAGACCUUUUGAGGUUUUGGAAGUGUUUAUGGAAUAGGCCUGCAAUGAAAGAGGGAAGAGGUGGUCAGCGUUCAGCAUUUCUUUGACACAGAGAUUGUGCAAUUGAAAACACCAUUGC